AUGGAGACGACCUUGAUGGUGAAAGUGUUGUUCCCACUUUGUUCAUCAACCAGCUACAGGACAACUGCCCUGGAGAUGUGUGCUUUCAAUGUGUGCUGUGUCUAUAAUGGGUUGGCUCUGGCGGCCAGACCUGAACCUUGCUCCCUGUCCCAGCCACAGGUGGAGUCGCGUCGCUCACCUGCCGUUCCAGGAAAUGAGGCUUUGAUCCAGUCCACACAGCUCCGCUGCCGCUACCCACUAACAGUCAACAUAAGCAUGACCGUCUCCUGGAAAUCACUGCCCACGUUCCUCCACAUCUGCCUAUUCCUGUGCACCACUGGAGCGGUGACCCAACAAUUCCAGCUGGAGCCUGCGAACCAAACAGUGCUGCAGGGCUCUGAUGUGAAGUUCAACGCCACCGUGCAGGGACAAUGGCUGUUCAUGACCUGGAGCGUCGGAGAUAAUUUGGUCCUCACUGUCCCUGUAGAAAGCAACGGGACCUCAUCCUUACCACGGUUCUCUGCCAAAUUCUGCUCUGCUGGUGACCCCAGCUGUGUGGAGUUCACCAUCCACAACGUCAACCGCAGUACCAAUGGGUUGGUCACCUGCAGCGUGCAGGGGGCUUAUGGAUCCAAGACUGCACAGUUUAACGUUCAAGAGAGUGGCACAGUCAACAUCCUGGGAGGGAACGUGACCGUGGACCAGGACCAGCAGGUGGAGUUCCAGUGUGUUACUACUGCUUGGUUCCCCAUACCCACAGUAAGCUGGACGCAAAACAGUAACGCUAUAGACAGCAGCCUGUACAACACCAGCAGCAUGGCGGAUGGGGCCCUCUUUAACUCCACCAGUGUCCUCAAGUUCCAGGCAGUCCAAAACACCACAGUGGAGUGUUGGGCAACUGUGCAAGCGCUAACAAACCCACUGUCCAGCUCCGUCUCCUUGGUGGUUGUUCCCAAACCUCCUGACUGGACUGUGCUGAUAGCUGUGGUCGUGUCUUUUGGAGGUGCUGCUUUGCUGGCUUUACUCAUCCUCGGAAUCAUCUUCUGCUGCAACCGCAGAAAAGAAAAACAAUCCAACUACCAAGAUGAAAUGAGCAGGAGGGUGAGGACACAGAGCCAGCUCAGUACAGUCAGUGAAGCUGCCCUUAGACGGGGUCAAGCCAAUGCAGGAUAUGAGCCAGAAGGUCAAACAAGUGUCGCUCCCAGUGAACUCACUGACAGUUGGUCUUACCAGGCAAAUGGCCCCAUUGCUUACCAGAUGCCUGAUAUCCUCAACGGUGACCAGACCGGAAAUGGCUACAACAGUGCUCAACACACUUUGGACGGAUCAGGCUUUAGGAAACACAGACAUCUCACCUUUGUGUAA